AAGCAAAACCAAAAGGCCAGCGAAGCCAACGCGUCACCUCCUCUCCCCGAACCCCCAACCCUCCAGAACCUUCCGCCUCCCGCCGGCGCCGGCGCCGCCGACUCGGCCGCGGAAACCCUAGCGUGCGCUCGCGCCCGCCCUCGCUCGCCGGCCACCUCCGGACUCCGCCUCCUCCGCCUGCUCCUCGUCUCCGGCCCCUCCGCCGCCGUCGACCGGUCAGAUCUCGACGCCGUCAAGCCGCGAUGGAGGACUGGGAUUCUGAAGACUUUCAGCCCGCAGUGCCUAGUGCAAAAGCUGAGCCGCUUAAAAGUAAGUGGGCAGAUGAAGAUGUGGAAGAAGAUGAUGUAAAAGAAUCAUGGGAAGAAGAGGAGGAGGAGAAACCUAAACCACCACCUGUAGAAAAGACUGCACCAAAACCUAGUGGGAAAGGUGCUGCGAAGAAAGGAAAACAACAAGCAUCAACUAGUUCUGAAGUAGUUCAAGAUGAGGCUCUGGAUGAUCCUGCUCUAGAGAAACUUCGUCAACAAAGGCUUGUGGAAGAAGCUGACUUUAAGUCAACUACGGAACUUUUUGGAAAGAAGGACGGCAGUGAAAAGUCCCUAGAUACCUUCAUCCCAAAGUCUGAGAGUGACUUUGCGGAAUAUGCAGAGCUUAUUGCAAACAAACUGCGUCCCUAUGAGAAAAGCUUCCACUAUAUGGGUCUACUCAAGAAUGUCAUGAGACUUUCCAUGGCAUCAUUGAAAGGUGCGGAUGCGAAAGAUAUAUCGUCCUCCAUUGCAGCAAUUGCUAAUGAAAAGAUCAAGGCUGAGAAAGAAGCUGCAGCAGGCAAAAAGAAACAAGGGGCAAAAAAGAAGCAGCUACACAUUGAGAAUAAAGACGAUGAUUUCAUCCCUGGAAAGGGUAAUUUUGAUGAUCCGGAUGAGUACGAUUUCAUGUGAUCGGCUGUGAGGGAACCGUCAUCUUCUAUGUAUACCUUGGCAAGCAGAGAUUAGAGUUUGCGGCAUAGUUGGUAUUUUCAUUCAGAGGCACCUGAACACUUGAAACGAUUGCAUGGGAACAAUGCCCAUUUGUUCGACGUUGAUUUUGACUCUCACAGAAUAGGGAAGAGCACCUGUGUGCUCGAGCUCGACACAUAGGCGUUUUUUCUUAUUCUUAAUCCACAUUGUGUUUUUGGUCUGUUCAUGGGUUGGGAUCUAUAUUUUUUUGCCAACUGUAGUAUAAUGUGUAUCUGGUUUAUAUUGGAGUCCUGCAAGUGAAUCUUGGUGCUGCCUCGUUUGUUUUCCUGGUUA